GGAAUUGGUGAAGAGGUGCUUAAAAUGUCCACUGAGGAGAUUGUUCAGCGUACACGACUGCUGGACAGUGAGAUUAAGAUCAUGAAGAGUGAGGUGCUGAGAGUAACACAUGAGCUUCAGGCCAUGAAAGACAAAAUCAAGGAAAACAGUGAGAAGAUCAAAGUCAACAAGACGUUGCCUUACCUGGUAUCCAAUGUCAUUGAGUUACUGGAUGUUGAUCCGAAUGACCAGGAGGAAGAUGGAGCAAAUGUUGACCUGGAUUCCCAGAGGAAAGGGAAGUGCGCUGUGAUUAAAACAUCCACCCGUCAGACGUACUUCCUGCCUGUGAUUGGACUGGUCGAUGCUGAGAAGCUGAAACCUGGUGAUCUGGUGGGUGUGAACAAGGAUUCCUACCUGAUCCUGGAGACUCUGCCAACAGAGUAUGACUCUCGAGUUAAGGCCAUGGAGGUGGAUGAGCGACCCACUGAGCAGUACAGUGAUGUUGGCGGUCUGGACAAGCAGAUUCAGGAGCUUGUUGAAGCUAUUGUCCUUCCUAUGAAUCACAAGGAGAAGUUUGAGAAUCUGGGCAUCCAGCCUCCGAAGGGAGUUCUGAUGUAUGGACCGCCAGGAACAGGGAAGACUUUGCUGGCCAGAGCCUGCGCUGCACAGACCAAGGCUACUUUUUUGAAACUGGCAGGGCCACAGCUGGUCCAAAUGUUUAUUGGCGAUGGUGCGAAGCUGGUUCGUGAUGCUUUUGCCUUGGCCAAAGAGAAGGCUCCAUCCAUCAUCUUCAUUGAUGAGCUCGAUGCCAUCGGCACAAAACGGUUUGACAGUGAAAAGGCUGGGGACCGUGAAGUUCAGCGAACAAUGUUGGAACUUCUCAAUCAGCUGGAUGGCUUCCAACCAAAUACCCUUGUCAAGGUGAUUGCAGCCACCAACAGAGUGGACAUCCUGGAUCCAGCCUUGCUGAGGUCUGGCAGACUUGAUCGGAAGAUUGAGUUCCCAAUGCCCAAUGAGGAGGCACGAGCAAGGAUAAUGCAGAUUCACUCACGGAAGAUGAAUGUGAGCCCUGAUGUAAACUAUGAGGAGUUGGCUCGAUGUACCGAUGACUUCAAUGGAGCUCAGUGCAAGGCCGUGUGUGUGGAAGCGGGAAUGAUUGCUUUGCGUAGGAAGGCAAUGGAGCUGACACAUGAAGAUUACAUGGAGGGCAUCUUGGAAGUGCAGGCCAAGAAGAAAGCAAACCUCCAAUACUAUGCAUAGAAAACAGUCAUCAAGACUGAUCGGGCAGCAGACAGGCCUCUUGCUGCUCAAACUUACUUGGAUCCUAUACUGUUUAAUUUUCACACCCAUAUUAAAUAAAGUGGUUGUUUUUCUCACAUUAAUUGAAAUGGCUUAGCCCAGUGUCUGGAGUACUGGUGGGUAUCUGCACACGUCAGUGUAUAGAGGAGGCACUAUCAGCCCCCGGCCCUUUGAUGGGGUGGGGUGACGGUAUUAACCCCCAUUAGUUUCCUGAUCCAUUGGUGGGGGCACCAUUACCCCCUAUUAGUUACCUGGUCCAGUUUGUGGUGACGAGGGGCUAGGGGGUGGUUUGUAUCAUUAACCGCUCCUUCGGUUUGUGUUCAAUGGAGUACGGGUGGUUACAGUCUACGGUAAGCUGUCCAUCUGGCAGGAUUAUUUAGGUUUGUUGGGGCCCCGACACCUGGUGUCUGCCUAGUGGUUUUGCAGGGCCCCGACAACCCGGUGUAUACCUGGUGGUUUUGCAGGGCUCCGACACCCAGUAUCUGAUGGAUUUGGGGUUUUGAGGCCUGGCGGUUUUGGAGUUUUCUGUUCCUCCUUUUUUCUUGACAACGAUUGGUGAAUCUUGACUCCUCUGUAGUUCCUUCGACCUGUUACAUCUCCCUAUUUAAAUGCAGGCAUAAUGUUAGCUGUCCUCUGGCACUAUACCUUUUUGAAGCAAAUGAUAAAAUGUGUAAUGCAUCACCAGAGUUUAUCCUCUUAUUGAGUUUAUUUAAUAUUUCUCCUUUUUAAAAUAAAUGUACUUAUAUUAUUUCUGAUCUCAUCUUCCAACGUCGUUAUCCUGAUCUGUCAUCCUGGUAAAUACUGAAGUUAGAAUAAUUCUCUAAUAUCACUGCCGUUUCGCUGUCUUUCUCUCUCUCUGAUUUUUUUUCUGAUCCUCCCUUUAUGGCCCAAUCCCCAUCCUGCUUUUUUAUUGACCUGCCUGUGCAAUCAUUUACCAUUAUGUUUUAUAUUCCUUGAUAUUUUAAGUUUUUUGUUCCUCAUUGCCUUCAUAAUUUAAAAAAAUUCUUAAUCUUUUGUCUUGCUCUCCCCUGCUGUCCAUGUAUUUUGAGUAUAGCCCUUUAUCUACCCACAGUUUUUCCCUUGUGUCUUCAUGGUCUCAUUAGAGUUGGUUUGUUUUUAAUUUUUGCAGAAUAUAUUUUUCCUGGACUCUCAACAUCGUUUUAAACAUUUCCCGUUGGUGGCCUGCAUUGUUGUUUGCCAAUAUUGUCUUUUAAUUUCCCAAUUCUAGUCUCAACCCCUCAAAAUCAGCUAAUCUCUAAUUGAUUACCCUGGUCUUUGUCAUGCUUUUCUUUCUCAAUUGUUAUCUUAAACUGUAUUAUGGUCUCUAUUGCCUAGGUGUUCCCUACUUUUACUUAUUUGCCCUGGUUCAUUCCUCAACCCUAGACCCAAUCUUCUCUUGUUCGGCUUUUCACAUAUUGAAUGAGAAAGGAGAAAUAACUCCAUUCCCUUAUCCCCUUUACCUACCUCUUCUGUCCAGUUAAUAUUGGAUUGGUUGAAACCCUCUGUGAUGAUUAUUCUAAGUUUGUUGCACAAAGAAAUUAGGAUAUGAGUAUUCCUCCCUCACCCUUGUUGGUAAUCUACAGACUACACCUGUUGGGGAAUGGAUCCUUUUGUAUACUUUAUGUCUAGCCAAAUGAGUUCCAUUUCUGUCUUAUUGGUGGUUGUGGCACUUUUCCCCUGCCAUCAUGUUUAAUACUGUCUGAUAGUUUUAGGAUUCUGUAUCAUUGAUAUUUACUUGAUGAGAAAAAAAUUGUGGCAUGGGAUUAAAUGCUUUUUCAAAGAGUUGGCACAGCCA